CCCGCCCCAAGGGGUCAGGGGUCAGAGGCCGUCGGAUGGGGUAGGAUCUGCUGCUGGUGGUGGUGAUACCGGAUCCCCGGCCUAUGGCGCCAGCGCAGCGCUGCCCUCUGUGCCGCCAGACCUUCUUCUGUGGUCGCGGGCACGUUUACAGCCGCAAGCACCAGCGGCAGCUGAAGGAGGCUUUGGAGAGGCUCCUGCCCCAGGUGGAGGCGGCCCGCAAGGCCAUCCGCGCCGCUCAGGUGGAGCGCUAUGUGCCCGAACACGAGCGAUGCUGCUGGUGCCUGUGCUGCGGCUGUGAGGUGCGGGAACACCUGAGCCAUGGAAACCUGACGGUGCUGUACGGGGGGCUGCUGGAGCAUCUGGCCAGCCCAGAGCACAAGAAAGCAACCAACAAAUUCUGGUGGGAGAACAAAGCUGAGGUCCAGAUGAAAGAGAAGUUUCUGGUCACUCCCCAGGAUUAUGCACGAUUCAAGAAAUCCAUGGUGAAAGGUUUGGAUUCCUAUGAAGAAAAGGAGGAUGAAGUGAUCAAGGAGAUGGCAGCUCAGAUCCGUGAAGUGGAGCAGAGCCGACAGGAGGUGGUUCGGUCUGUCUUAGAGCCUCAGACAGUGCCAGACCCAGAAGAGGGCUCUUCAGCACAUGGAAGCUGGAAAGGGAUAAACAGCCAAGUAGCUUCCAGCUCACAGCAGCCUGCAAACUUGGACCUGCCACCAGCUCCAGAGCUUGACUGGAUGGAGACAGGACCAUCUCUGACAUUCAUUGGCCAUCAGGAUAUACCAGGAGUUGGUAACAUCCACUCAGGUGCCACACCUCCCUGGAUGAUCCAAGAUGAAUACACUGCUGGGAACCAAGAAAUAGGACCAUCCUAUGAAGAAUUUCUUAAAGAAAAGGAAAAACAGAAGUUGAAAAAACUCCCCCCAGACCGAGUUGGGGCCAACUUUGAUCACAGCUCCAGGACCAGUGCAGGCUGGCUGCCCUCUUUUGGCCGCGUCUGGAAUAAUGGACGCCGCUGGCAGUCCAGACAUCAAUUCAAAACUGAAGCUGCAGCAAUGAAGAAGCAGUCACAUACAGAAAAAAGCUAAUCAUGCUCUACCAACUACCAUGAGGCUAAAAGCAAAGUCAACAAACCCCUACUAUUGUACCUUCCACCAAAUUCUUUAUCGUCGUCUUUCUUAGAAAACAGACAUACUCAUUCAUUUGAUUUAAUAAAGUUUUAUUUUUCCAAAUGUA